CCCAGCGGUGAAUGGAGCGUCCUCCCAGCACGGGCCGCGGUCGAUAGGCGAUCCUCCGUCGUCUAAACGCCGAAGGCCGUUUUAUUUUCAACCCCGUCGAGCAGAAAGCACGGACGCGACAGCGUCAACAUGCUCUGAAGUUCGCACUUGCGGGUGUGUGCUUUGUCGCCGCCAAAGAGUCGAGCUAGAAGUCGCAUCGUGCGACGCCCCCGUCUCCACUGCCGCAGCCUGCCCGAGUCGUGAACCAGCAUGACAGACCUGUUCAAGUCGGCGUUGGGCUACCUCGCUGGCGGCGGUUCUUCGUCUUCGGCGAACGGUCGAGGCGGCGAAGACCACGAAUUCGUUGGCCAAGUGGUCGAGCUCGGGAACCAGAGGCUGCGCGUCAAGCGGGUUCUAGCCGAAGGGGGCUUUGGCUUCGUAUUUGCGGCACAAGACUUGUCUUCAAACAAGGAAUAUGCACUCAAGCGAAUGUUUGCUGGCGAUGAGGAGGCGAGCAGAUCCAUUCUCCAGGAAGUCAAUGUUCUUAAAAAGCUUUCGGGCCACCCAAACGUGAUAGACUUCAUUGCAGCUGCGGCCAUUGAGAAAGGUCAAUCGGGCCAUGGCAAGUCGGAGUAUCUUCUCCUCACAGAACUCUGCCCAGGUGGCCCCCUGGUGGACGUCCUUCAACAGCGGACGACAAACCUCAGCCUUGCCCAGGUGCUGCAGAUCUUCUACCAGACGUGCAGCGCUGUUCGUCACAUGCACUCCCAGAGCCCGCCUAUCAUACAUCGUGACCUCAAGAUUGAGAACCUCUUGCUGAGUUCCAAAGGCACCAUCAAGCUGUGCGACUUUGGCAGCUCGACGACAAAGUCUUACAAGCCCGACAGCUACUGGACGGCCAUCCAGCGGAGCCUAGUCGAAGACGAGAUGUGUAAAAACACAACUCCGAUGUACCGGCCGCCGGAAGUGUUGGACACGUACAACAACUACCCCAUCAACGAGGCCAUGGACAUUUGGGCUCUGGGGUGCGUCCUGUUCCUCCUGUGCUUUCGCGAGCACCCGUUCCCGGACUCGUCCAAGCUCCGCAUCCUCAACGCCAACUACAGCAUUCCCCCUGGGAACACGAGCUUCGACAUCCUCCACGAUCUCAUACGGGGCAUGCUUCAGGUGAACCCAACAUCACGGCCCACGAUUAUCGACGUGGCUGAGCGACUGCAGGAGAUGGGCGAGGCCAAGAACGUGCAGCUGGAGAACUCGCCAGGGCUGCGCGGAUCCAGCCCGGUGACGGGAGGCCUAUCCCAGGGCGACACCAGUGCAGCUAUACACAGCGUGGCCAACUCGACUUCCACACCGCCCAGUCGGCCACCUCCACCGAGCCUCAACGUCCACGGGAACACGACGCCUUCCGCAGCUGCUCCUCCUCCCUCGGCAGCUGAAGGAGGCUGGGGCAGCGCAGGCCUCUUGACGUCGCUGCGUGGCGGCGCUGGUAGCCUGCUCAAGCGUCUCGGCGACACCUCCACCAAGGUCAUGCACAUGGCCCAACAGACAAUGGGCAAGGCUGACUUGGAUUUCAACUACAUCACAAGUAGAAUUGCAGUUAUGUCGUAUCCCGCGGAAGGGCUGGAGUCUGCAUAUCGCAACCAUGUGGAGGACGUGCGAACGUUGCUGGACGCCCGACACCGCGGCCACUAUGCCAUCUACAACGUGUCGGGCCGUGCCUAUUCGUCGGCCAAGUUCGACUGCAAGGUCACCGAGCGGGGUUGGCUGGCCCGGAAGGCCCCGCCCCUGCACACCCUGUUCAACCUAUGCCGCUCCAUGCUGGCCUACCUGAACCAGGACGCCCGCAAUGUGUGCGUCGUCCACUGCCUCGAUGGCAAGUGUUCAUCAGCAGUGUUGGUGUCGGCGUUCCUGGUGUUCUGCCACCUGUUCGACAGCCCCGAAGAAGCCCUGCAGAUGUUUGCUGUUCGCCGGUGUCCCGUCACCCUCUGCCCUUCCCAGAUAAGGUAUAUCCAGUACAUGUCGCAGAUGGUCUCCCAGAACCACCAAGUUUUGCCGCACCGGUUCCCGCUGCAGAUUGUGGCACUUACACUGAAGCCUGUGCCUAUGUUCACGAAGCUUAGGGAUGGAUGUCGGCCUUUUGUUGAGGUCUACAUUGGAGAGGAGAGGAUACACAGUACAUGUCAAGAGUACGAACGAAUUGCUCAUCACAACUAUGCAGAAAAGCAGCUGACGAUUCCGCUGAACGUCGCAGCUGCCGGAGACGUCACAGUUGCCGUCUACCACGCUCGGUCGUCGUUUGGGAAGGUUUCGCCGAUAAAAAUCUGCCAAGUCCAACUGUACUCGGGAUUCGUGGCAGCUGGCACAUCCCAGUUGACAUUUUGCAGGCACGAGCUCGAUGGCAUUGAGGAGUUGGACCGGUACCCUGAGGGCUUCCAGCUGACCCUCGAAGUCCGGGUGGGUGACUCUCCCAGCCAGCGGCUCACCAACGGUCCAUGGGCCGACCUUGAGCACCUGGAGACUAGCGCCGCCAUCUUGUUCAGCACCGAAGAGGAACUCGAGGCCUGCAUUGGCCACUUCUCGAGGAACGCUCCUGGAAGGCCGCCUCCGCCUGCAACACCCAGCCUACCGAGCAGGGACACUUCACCUCAGCACUCGGAGAGCGAUGUCCCCAGUGCCACAUCUGCAGAGAUCCUGCUGGGCCCCAUGCGCAAGCUUUCAGCAUCGGACAGUGGGAACAUGGUGGCCACGAAUAGCAGUGCACCGGCACGUCCACCGCGGUCCAAGGCAAAGGAGGCGGACCUUCUCAACCUGGGGAGCUUUUCCGUUGACGAGGGUAGUGGUGGAGAGGGUAAAGCACCCUCGGACCGCUCGGUGGACGACCUCCUGGGCACUUCUUUGUCCAGCCAGCCAACGUCCAACUUUGACCUUCUCGUCAACCACAGGUCGGCGCAACCACCAUUGAUCGGGGACCUCUCGUCGCCUGGCGCCCCGGCCUUCGACCCGUUUGCCGCCAAUUCCACGGGGGCAGCGCCUGCGUCGGGUGUUCCUACCGUCAACCUAUUGGAUGCCAAGUCUCCGACAGUCACCAAGGGUGGGGCCGACCUCUUCGACCCGUUUGGCGCGGCCACCCCGGCUUCUGCUGCUCCCGGCUGGGCUAGCACCAGUGUCAGCGCAGGGAACACACCACAGCACAAGCAGGGUGGCAUCCCAAACAGCGUAUCAGCCUUCAACAUGGCUGCCACUUCUACAGCGACGACUCAGAGUGGCGGAGGAGCCGCCAAACUCGACACCAUGCCAGGGACAUGGGACACCCUGUUCCCAGGCAGCACGUGGGUGCCGCUCGUGCCCUCGACGGGUGGUAGCGCAGCGGGGACCCCGGCAUCUGGGCUGACGCGCAAUGCUUCCACGCCAAACCUCGAGGCGCUCGGGCGCAAGGCCGACCCGUUUGCAGACCUAGGAAACCUGACUGGUGGCUCCACCGGUGCCGGUGCAGCCUCCAAGACUGGAGCGGCAACCGCGACUGGCUUCCCUGCUUGGUCGCAACCGAAGUCAGCCACAGCCACGAGCAGCCCGCAGCCAACUGGAAGUGGCACACAGGUUGGCGGUGCCGGUGCCAACGGCACAAAGUGGAGACCUGGCAGCGCUGUUCCCCCAGCUGCUCAGACAGGCACAGCAGCGGGGCCUGCUAAGCCUAACUACAGCGCUGCAGCUGCACCCGGUGGCGCAAGUGUGUUUGUGGAAAAAACUGCAGCUCCGGCUGGGGCACCUUACAGCAAUGGCCAGAAGGCAAAGCUGACGGAGGACACAUUCGAGGACCUUCUGGGCACGCAGGGCUUCUCGGGUUUUGGCAAGAAGGACACAGGUCCGAAGACGAUUGCUGAGCUUCGCCGGGCAGAGAUGGCCAAAGAGAUGGACCCAAUAAAGCUCAUGAUCAUGGACUGGACAACGAAGAAGGAGCGCAACAUCCGGGCACUGUUGUGCUCGCUGCACACGGUCAUCUGGGAGGGCUGCCGCUGGACUGAGGUGGGCAUGCACCAGCUUGUGUCGCCGGCUGACGUCAAGCGCCUCUACCGUAAGGCCUGUCUCGCCGUACAUCCCGACAAGCUUGUGGGCACCGAGCAUGAAGAACUAGCCAAGCUCAUCUUCAUGGAGCUCAACGAUGCCUGGAGUGAAUUCGAGAAGCAGCAAGGACUUGCCUAGUCAUGAAAAGGACUGGACUUUUCACUUCUCACCUCUGCUCUCCUCGCACGACCUCAGUGCUGUGCUUGUAGCAAGAAGGAGAGUGCAGAGACUGAAAACAAAGGAAAGGCAUGUGGGGUGCACGGCAGCACCCGCACGGCGCGAACGGUAAAAUGCGAGCGAAAGAGCAGCGGCGACGACGAGAGCAGUGGUGUCUACGUGCAAAGGCCACCGGGUGCACGCGUUUCCAACGCUAUCGUGGACGUUUAUUUUAUGCCUUCUUUUGUCUCAGUGCUUGUCAUUGUUUUCGCAACCAUUACCGAAGAAAUGGUUCUUGUCACAAGUCGACAUACACCAAAUUGUUACGUAUGGUUGACCCUUGUGUGCGCAUGUGUCUAGUUUGUUUUGGAAGGAGAUUUCGGAAGCGCUGUCCAGGUGGAUACAACCCAGCACUCGUCAAAGAUAUAUGACUGGUUGUAUUGGCCCAUCUCCUACAACUGCUAGUCGUUGGGCUUGCUACGACUCAGUUUUCGGCAGCAGGAAACUUGCAGAAGCUUGAUUUUGAGCCACGUUGAGGGUGGCUCAAAAUUCAUCCAUCCUCCCCCCCCAUUUUUUUAUUUAAAAACUAGAAUCGGCGAAGUAAGUUGCUGCUCUUACGGCAUUCUUGCGGGGCAGGCACUUUCGCUGCUUCUUUGAAGUUGAAUCGGCUGAACCUGAUAUGUGCAAUGUCACAUAUUCAGAAGACUGUGUUACCUGAAGAAAUAAGCAGUAUUUAAAAUACUUUGAAGUCACUUUACUUUUUAGCAGGAUCAAAUGACUAAACCACCAAGAAUCACGGGGAGCCUACUCUUAUUAGCAAAAGCUGCAUUCUCACUAUUGCAAAUGAUGUAACUUACAGCUCUGCAGAUGUGGUGACCUGGUGCGAGACAGCAGGCACUAGAUCCAGUUACAAAAGUGCUUUGCAGUUUUUUUUUUUAAUUUUCUGUUCAUUUUGUACAGUUUCUGCCUUCCAGCUCUGGCGAAUCUCUAAGAAAACCGUAAUCGCAUGCGCAAAGUAUUAGUGUGAAAAAUAGCUCGCAGUACGCCUUUAUUAUUUUUUUUUCAGCAUACCGGCUUGACAGAGUGGGUUUUCACGGAUUGAAGUAGUGUUCACGUGCUAGGCACGCUAUCCUAGACUUCUGCUCAACUAUUGAUACUUUUUUUUUUCAACCCUUUUGUACAUAAUGCUAUCUUUUGUUGCUGCCUUUCUUUUUGGCGUUCUGAUUUUGAGCCAGUCAUUGGAGACUCGAGCUGUAAAAUAAGUUGUCUUUACUAAUAUUAUCAUUAUUAUUAUGAUUAUUAUUUCGACAUUUUGGGGGUGUACAUUUGUUUCUGUAGCCAGCUUAUCAACUGUACAAUCUACAAUUGUAGGAGGUUUGAGUUCGGCAGUGUGCAUUGAAAGCCAGGUUACUGCGUUAUCAUUCCAGCACUUAUAUUUGCAUGUCAUUGUCAUACCGAGUUUUCUUUUUUUAUUUUAUAGGGAUCAAAAAAGACCAGACUUGCACAUUCUUUGUCGGCUUCAUUUGGCACGCUUUCAAAGAGGCCUCGUUAAAAAUGUGGCACUUGCAAACGAGACAUAGAGGCAGUGUCACAGUUGUAUUCCUUCCUUGGGGCUGUGUUCUUUUGGUGCCCAACUUUACGUGCUGUUCUUAUACAUAGGUGUGUUGUAUGCUGCCCUUUUCUUUUAUGUUGGCUCGUUUAUUUGGUUUGCCAGUUAACCAUCUUUUUUCUGUUCAUUAACAAGUACCUCUGUAGCAGAAGGGCGUGGUACUAGCAACUGCUCUCCAACCCUAACGACACACACACUCUGUGAACGCUGCACAGUGGAUUUUUAGGUCUUCGCUUCAAAGCUAAUCACUACGCGUUUUCUGUUCGGUGAAGCUUUUAUGGUUGCAUUAAUCAAAGUACUUCUGUUGGUUUGCGAAAUGUCGUCCUUGCACUUUUGUCCUCAUUGGAGAGAGUUCAAUCAGUUGGGAACUCAACCUUGUGUGUAAACAUUGAGGUUUUCAUUUUGUGGCGUACGGAAUGCUGUAUAUGUCAUGUGCCAUGUUUUACGAAGUCUGGUUUCUCUAGUUACCUUUCCUUGCUGGUGGUAUGCAUGCUUCUGUGGGCACGCCGGUUCACUUUGACCUCUUUUGUGCAUGGAGGAUCAAAAACUUGUGCUGUUGACAUGGAGUGCAGAUCUGGCUCUGUCGUCAUGACUGGCAAAUGCAGUGUGCUUGAGUUUUAUUUGCCAGGUCGCAGGUAAUGCAGCAACCUUGAUACAGUCAAACCUCAUCAAAACGAAAUUGCAUGUUUCACAAAAUUGCUUUGUGGCUAAAAUUGAUUAUUGAAAUUCAUUUCCAACACUGUCCUCAUGGUGUGACUGUUCCUCAACAUACAUUUGCGAAACCAUCCUGGUAGCGUGACUGUUUUUCGACUAAUUUUUACAGCUGAUAUGUAAUUUGAGGUGAUAAGUAAUUGAGGUUUGGCUGCACUGGGAACUGAAUGCUUAUAAACUCUUUUACGGAGACUGUGUAGAUCUUGGUUCUGCUGUUGAAAGUGAGAUCAGCGCAUUUACCAUGACAGUGUUUUGUCAUUUUAGUUGUGAUUUUAUUGUUUCUUGUGUCUUGAUUUUCUUUUACUGCACCGUAUUCUACUACUACUGCUCUUUGAGUCUUACAUGGCGAUCCACCAGUCACAGGUGAUUAACGGCUUUUGUGCUGCAUGCCACCGAUGUCGAAGUUGCGAUAAACAAGGAACACCCUGCAGUUGUGCGUAGGGGUAUGGGGAUUUCAUCACCAGUGCUGCUUUGUCAGUACGGGCAUGCGUCGCUCUUGGCAAGCAGGUCGUCACUCAAGCGCUGCUUAGUGAAAAAUUUCUCACGACAUGGGCGAAUUCAGGCUACAAGAUGGGAUCUAGAAUUCACUGUAUUCCUUGUCCCUUUAGAAGCAUCGUGCAGGCAUCCCUCUAGGGGCUGGUGUGUGUAUGAUGUGUGUCUACUCGAGUGGGAUCCAGUUGAGGCAUGUUUAGAAAGACACAUGCAAGUGUUGCAACAAUCACUGUAGGGGCACUCAUCAUUCGAUUGUGUGUGUUUGUCAGCCCGUGCAGCAGUCGUUACAUGCGUUCAGGGUAAUUGGCGUUUGACCUGAAGCGGUUGCCUAAGCACUUAGUGAAGGACCUCUGAAGUUCUCGAUGUUUAGGCUGAUGCAUUGUUAAGAAGAGCAACCCAUUAGCGUUUCGGGCAGGGUAACAUUCGAGAAAGUUUGAAAUUUAUUAGGGAAAAAAAGAAGUGUUUGAUUGUGGUGUAACAGUCGUCUUAUAAAAAUUGUCAUGCAGACUUUGGUGCGGGUUUUAAGCCUCUGAGAGCACAUCGGUACUGAAGAAGUGCUGUCAUAAUGGGUGAGCCUAUAUGCAGGUUCUGGCAUCUGGUUUGGUGUCAAAAAAUUCUUUGAAAGCUUUCUUUAGAUGUGGUUAGAUUGUUGAGUGCACAAGUGUUAUUUUUUAGGUUAAGAUAAAAACAGUGUUAGACAGUUACAGUUCCUAUCUUUAUAGUGUACUGACCAGCCCGGUUAGGCGCACUCUUGCAGUUUUCUAGGUUGAUGGGUACGCUGCUUGAGUGCAAAUAUGUGCUUUGUUGUUUGCCCCAAAUUUGCCUUUACGAUCAUGAUGCACAAGAAAACUAGGUUGUAUGCAUUAGAUCGACAGCUGCGAUUUGAGCGGUCAUUUUCUUGGAAGAUGUGGGUCAUUGUCUACACUUUUUGUUUGUCGGUUUCUAGAGGGAUGCCUUCUCGAGGCAUUCUCCUUGGUGAUGUACAGUGCCGCACCUCCCGUCUCUACUAUUAUAACCUGGUUAGUACCCAGAGCCUUUAAGGAAGAAAAAAUUUUUUCCUUUGAGUUCGUGAGUAAUAAGCAACUGUUGCCAUGUGCGAGGUGGGGCACAAGGAGUGUAAUAUACGGUGGCUGAGAUGGUGACAAAACUUCUUGUUUUUUUGUCUGUGAUAGAUUUGAUGAGAACUUGUCUGUUUCAACGUCGUCCAGCUUCCUUCAAGUGCGCCCGCACGCGUCAAUGCUGUGCCUACAAAUGAUACUGAGGGCUUUCUUUUGUCUUUGUGUCCUCGUGACCAGUCUCCCCAAUUUGACACGAUUGGCCCCGAUUGAAAGUUGUCCUAAAAUGGAUACCUAUUUAGUCCUUCGAUAACAUUUGCAGUGAGGAGUAAGAAUGCAUAAAAGAUGCUGAAGACAGGUCUCACGGUAUCACCAAUUUUUUUUCCAAAGGUUUAUAAUUGGGAACCCUUAGUGAUGAGCAUCAUGUUCAGAUAUGCAUGCAAGCCUUUCAUUAUAGACUGCUAGAAAAACUAUUUUGCAAGUGGAAGUGAAUUAAGCAAUGUAAAUAACAGUGGUUGUUUUGCUCUAGGCUUAGUAUUUGAGAAGCACUAGGCUUGAUGUUUUUGUGAACAGCUAGAUGUAUGUAUCACGUUGCAUAUCAAAUGCACAGCAUGCCUGUGGCAUUUCAUCAUAUUUUGUAUUUAGUGUAAUAGAUUGACGAGUUGUGCAAAACUAAACAUCAUAGGGCAGACUCUGGGUGUGAGUGCUUGAUUAACAUAUGAGUACAGGUGGCAAAUAAAAUACAGGGGCAUGAAAGGACUAUGCUUGUGACUGCCAAAGAUGUAAAACUGUAAUAGUUUUGAAGUUCCGUGAAACUGAGCAAGAUGAGAAGAAAUUUCAGCCCAAUACGAUGCUCCCACCUAGUGGUGUAACAAAAUUUCGUAAACUGUCAUGUCAGUUUACUCAAAGCACUGACUUUUAAAAAAAGUGAAAAACUAGUUUUACAAAUUCAUCAUGUAGGUGGCUACACGGAGGACACAAAACAGAGUUGGGCGUAGUACUUGUCCACAUACAGUGCGUAACAUUUUUUUUCGUCUCUGUGAGUACUUGUUGGAAGCUCGACGGCCACUAGGAUUUCAUUCCACUAGUUGCUAUCGGACGUGUAAGUCUUGCUGUGUAAUCAGCCCUUACACACUUUUAGCUCUCUCUCUGUGUUUUGCUUUACUCUUGCCAAUAUAUUUUUUGAUGUCCAGUUUCCGUGUUACACCUGCAGAACUGUGUUUUCCGACCGAAAGUGUGUGUCUGUUUGUUGAUGUACAUAUUAUAAAUAUAUACAUAAAUUCAUGCUGUUGAGGAAUCAAUGAAACAAUGCAAAAUAA